AUGACUAGACAAUCUACGGUAGAUCAAAAUCAGUCUACGUAUAAUGCCAAGAACUUCAUUACUAAGGAAAGACAAGAAUCAAAAUUAGAUAUUGACCAGUUGAAUGUAUUUUUGGAAAAUGGAGAGCAAGAAGCGAAAUUGACCCAUGAUUUGAUCGAAGAAAUUAUCAAUGACCCUAUUUUAAAGACGGAUACGGAUCAUUACGAUAUUACGAAGUCUCAGGAAAGAGAGAUUACUGCAAGAAGAAUUGCCAGGUUAUCGCUUUAUAUGGAACACGAUGUGAAAACCAAACAAAGAGAGUUCAAAGAUGAUUUGGUAAAAAACUUAGAAAGGAAGGACUCGAAAUUGUUAACGAACAAGGAUCUAUCUAUCUUUGAUAGAAGAUUAUCACUUGUUGCGAACAUCGAUCCAGGUUUAUCCACAAGAAUUGGAGUUCAUCUAGGACUUUUCGGGAAUUGUAUCAAGGGUAAUGGUACCGACGAGCAGAUCCAUUAUUGGCUACAAGAAAAGGGAGCUCUUUUAUUGAAGGGUAUCUAUGGUUGUUUUGCUAUGACGGAAUUGGGACAUGGUUCAAAUGUGGCUCAAUUACAAACUACGGCUACCUAUGACCCUAGUUCUGACACUUUCAAAAUUAAUACUCCAGACUUGCUGGCAACUAAAUGGUGGAUUGGUGGUGCUGCUCAUUCAGCAACCCAUACCACUGCUUAUGCAAGGUUGAUAGUCAAUGGUAAGGAUUAUGGUGUCAAGACGUUUGUUGUUCCUCUAAGAGAUGAGAAAACCCUCAACUUAUUGCCAGGUAUAAUGAUUGGUGAUAUAGGUGCAAAAAUGGGUAGAGACGGAAUUGAUAACGGUUGGAUUCAAUUCAAGAAUGUUGUCAUUCCAAGACAGUUCAUGCUACAGAGAUUUACCAAGGUUAUUCCUGGUUCUCCACCGAAGGUUCAAACGCAACCGUUAUUGGAUCAGAUUUCAGGGUACAGUGCAUUGUUGAGUGGCCGUGUUAACAUGGUUAUGGAUUCCUUCAGAUUUGGCUCCAAAUUUGCAAUUAUUGCAACACGUUAUGCCGUAGGUAGACAGCAGUUUGGUCCUGAAGGUAAUGAAACUCAAUUGAUUGACUAUCCUUUGCACCAAUACCGUGUGUUGCCGCAGUUGGCACUUUGUUAUUUGGUGGCACCCACUGCACAUAAAUUGAUGGGAACCUAUAUUUCAACCCUAAUGGAAUUGCAUCAGGCAGGAGCAGAUAAAGCAAAAUUGAUUAAUGUUAGUAAUAAGUUGAAGGAUUUAUUCAUUGAUUCUGCCUCAUUAAAAGCUACUAAUACGUGGUUGGUGGCCAAAUUGAUUGAUGAUCUCAGGCAAACAUGCGGUGGCCAUGGAUACUCUUCCUACAAUGGAUUUGGUAAAGGCUACAAUGACUGGGUUGUUCAAUGUACCUGGGAAGGUGACAACAAUAUCCUCUCAUUAACAUCAGCUAAGAGUAUUGUUAAGAAGUUUGCUGAUAUCUCACGGGGUAAAAAUACUACUGUCACUACCGACUCAUUAAAAUACUUGACUCCUCAGUUUAUUGGUAAGAGCUUGUCCAAGGACCUGACCUUCAAAUUUGACAACAAGAAAGAUUUCACGGAAAUAUGGGCCGUCAUGAUUAUUAGAUUGAUCCACCAUGUGGUAGAGUUGAUUUCAAAGGGUACCAAAAUUGAUUCGUUAUCCAAAACUUUAGUUCAGAUUUCAAAGUUCCAUGCAAUUCAUUCUAUGCUCUUGACAUACCAAGACAAGUUAAACAAUGAAUCUGAAGCAUCAGUAAAAGAUGCUUACACGAAAGGUUACCUAUGGAAGCUAUAUGAAUUGUUUUCUUUGUAUUUCAUCGAUCAACAUCUUGGUGAAUUCCUUUUGUUGAAAGUUGUGACGUCAGAUCAAAUGUCACAAGUGCUACAGCCAAGAUUAUUGCAACUAUUACCUGAAAUAAGGAAAGAAUGUAUAGCAUUGACAGAUGCCUUUAAACUACCAGAUGCGAUGAUUAAUGCCCCUAUCGGAUAUUACGAUGGUGACAUUUAUCACAAUUAUUUCAAUGAAGUGACAAAUAAUAACAAACUUGAACCUGACGGCGCUGGUAGACCACCAUAUUAUCCAUUAUUAACCAGCAUGCUUGGUCGCGACGAUUUUCAAAACAGAUUAGGAGGUUCCUUCGAAUCAGAAACCUUAGAUUCUUUAUUGAAAUAA